AUGAGCAAACAUUUAGUUAUCUUAGGAGCUACAGGCCAACAAGGCGGGUCUAUUAUUUCUUAUAUUCUUAAUGGCUCUGUUUUAGCUAAGGAGUACAAGCUUCGAGGGGUCUCACGAGAUCCUUCGACCUCACUGGCUCAAGCUCUUAUACAGAAAGGCGUUGAAAUUGUUAAAGCAGAUAUCAAUACACCCGAGUCUUUGAAGAAUGCGUUUAAGGAUGCUCAUACUGUUUUUGGACAAACAAACACGAUCUAUGAUUAUAAUGCAAAAGAAAGGGAGUUCAGCCAAGGUAAGGCCAUUACCGAUGAAGCAGUGGCUGCGGGCGUUCAAUACCUUAUUUGGAGUACUAGUACGAAUGUGACUAAAAUUACAGAUGGUAAGUUAAAAUGUGUGACUCAGUUUGAUGUAAAAGCUGAGAUUGAAGAAUACAUUCGGAGCCUCCCAAUUAGAAGCGCAUUCUAUGCACCGGGAUCAUUCAUGCAAAAUUUCCAUACCCAGAUGAAACCACACCCUAGUGGAGAUGGAACGUAUGUAAUUUCAAAUAUCUUUAAACCUGAAACAAAAAUUCCAUUUAUCGAUAUUGUUGGCGAUACUGGUAAAUUUAUCGCACCUAUCCUUGAAGAACCAGACAAAUAUGAAGAUAAGGUGUUCUAUGCGGCAGUUAAACUUUACUCGCUAGAAGAAGUAACGCGAGCAUUGAGCGCUGUGACUGGAAAGAUAGUAAAUUAUAAGCAAGUUGCAGAGGAGGUUUUUCAUGGGUUCUUACCACCCACAUUUGCUGAUGAAUUAAUUCAAAUGUUCAAAUACUUGAGAGAUUAUGGGUAUUACGGUCCUCUGACCGAGGAAGCUGUGGAAUGGACAUCGAAGCAAGUACAUAGAAAACUUACUACCAUCGAAGAGUAUCUUUCUGUCGAUCCACUUAACCUAAGUUGA